ACUUCCGGCCAAGCGGAAGGAGUGUACGACUCUGUCAAUUAAACGGGGAGACGACAGAAGGGAAACGCUAGAGGCACCACUCCCCCCUACCGGAAGCGGAAAGCAAGCUGAAUAGAGACCCCCCUUGGGAGUCGUGAAGACUGACCCCUGACACCCCCACCUCCCCAUUAGCCAUCCUUUACUGGGUGUGGCCCCUGACCCUAGCAGGGGCCACAUGUGCUUUCUAUCUUCCUCCCAGGGAGCGUACUGGCUGUUGUAGCCCAUUUUAUGUCUUUACAAUUCAUUUCUGCAUGCCUCGUCUCUGCCUAGCCCCCCAUACCUGUGCUGCAGCCCCUCUGUAUACAGCCAUACCUGUGUGCUCUCCUCCCCCAUCACUGCCUAGGGCUGCAGUAAUGGAAUGCCCCCUAUAGCUUGUUGCCCCCCUUUGGGGUGAUAGAAGGGCACGCCCUCGGAGGGUGUUUGAGAUUUUAUAUAUAUAUAUAUGUGUGUUCAUGUGACGAUGUAUUAGGCGUGCACCCAAGACGUGGAGGGGGCAGCACUGCCAGUACAUUAGUGCCAUUUUAUAUUUGUUAGGUUUUACUGUCCGGGAAAGGGGGGGAGUUGGGUUGCGUCUAGCCGGCGGUGUGACAUGUGCCGGGAAAGAGACGGCGGUGUGAAGAGACGAGCUUGACAACCAAUCACAGCAUGGCGUCCGAGGAGGCCUCGCUCCGUGCCCUGGAGGGUCUUAUGAGUGAGUUCUUUCACACCAGCACAUCCAAUGAUCGGAAGAGAGAAAUCGAGGCCCUAUUGAAUAACUUCGCGCAGCAGCUCGGGGCCUGGAGGUUCUGCUUCUACUUCCUGUCCAGCUCGCACAAUGACUAUGUUCUGAUGUACAGUCUCAGCGUGUUUGAGAACUUAAUCAAUAAGAUGUGGCUGGGCGUCCCGUCAGAGGAGAAGAUGGAGAUCCGCAGCUCCUUGCCCAAGCUCCUCCUGAGCCAGCACAAAGCGCUUCCUGGCUUCAUCUGCAACAAGCUGUGCAAGGUGAUUGUGGACAUGGGCAGACAGGACUGGCCGAUGUUCUACCAUGACUUCUUCACCAAUAUCCUGCAGCUUAUCCAGAGUCCCCGCACGACUUCCCUCGGGUUGAUCAUGCUGAAGACUGCUUCGGAAGAGCUGGCCUGUCCCAGGGAGGACCUGAGCGUAGCCAGGAAGGAGGAACUUCGCAAACUGCUGCUGGAGCAAGUGCCAACCGUGCUGGGUCUGCUGACGGGCGUGCUUGAAAGUAUAUGGGAUAAACACAGCGUCACCACAGCCACUCCUCCGCCAUCACCCACUGCGUCAGAUGCCGAAGACCUCCUCAGUAACCUUGUGCACACCCCCGCCUUGGCAAAGCAGCUGAGCCAACCACCUCCGAGCCUGGAAGCUGAAAGUGAGCGUAUUUGUGCCCUGGCCCUCGAGUGCCUCUCGCAUCUCUUCAGUUGGAUCCCCCUUUCCGCCAGCAUCACCCCCUCCCUGCUUACCACAAUCUUUCACUUUGCCCGCCUGGGUUGCGACACCCGGUCACGAAGGACUCAUACCGUCAACAGCACCAAUGCCGUCACCAUGAACGGUGGUGGCAGCAGUAGCCCUCCCCUACCAUUGACUUUGCCCACCUCUCAGCAAGACUGUAACCGACUGGGGGUCUUAGCAAUGUCUUGUAUUAAUGAACUGAUGUGCAAGAACUGUGUCCCCCUGGAGUUCCAGGAAUAUCUGUUACGCGUGUGCCAGCAGACCUUCUACCUCUUGCAGAGGAUUACACGAGAGACGAAUGCCCACAGUGUGCGCAGUCGCCUGGAGGAGCUGGAUGAGAGUUAUGUGGAAAAGUUUACAGACUUCCUUCGGCUUUUCGUUAGCGUCCACUUGAGGAGGAUAGAAUCGAAUGCCCAGUUCCCUGUAGUCGAGUUCCUGGCAUUACUCUUCAAAUACACCUUUCAUCAGCCGACACAUGAAGGUUACCUCUCGUGUCUCGAUAUCUGGGCGCUCUUCUUAGACUAUCUAACAAACAAGAUAAGAAACCGGCUUGAAGACAGAGAGGCCAUUAUUGGCAGGUACGAGGAUGCCCUGGUGCUGCUGCUGACUGAGGUGUUGAAUCGCAUCCAGUUCCGCUACAACCAGACACAGCUGGAGGAGCUCGACGACGAGACGCUAGAUGAUGAUCAGCAGACGGAGUGGCAACGAUAUUUACGUCACAGCUUGGAAGUGGUGGCCAAAAUCAUGGAGCUGCUCCCCACACAUGCCUUCAGUACUCUGUUUGCUGCACUGCGGGGGAACUUGGACGUGUAUCUCGGGCUACAGCAGUGCAUCGUGACCACAGGGGGAGAACAGCGUCUCAAUGUGACUGCAGAAAAUGACUGUCGCAGGCUGCACUGUUCCCUACGAGACCUCAGCUCCCUCCUCCAGGCAGUCGGAAGACUCGCGGAGUACUUCAUCGGGGAUGUGUUUGAGGCCCGCUUCAAUGAUGCCCUUACUGUUGUGGAACGGUUAGUCAAAGUCACAUUGUAUGGCUCCGAGCUCAAACCGUACAAUAUGGAAACUGCGGUGCCAUCAGUGCUGAAGCCAGACCUUGUCGAUGUCCAUGCCCAGUCCCUGGCAGCAUUACAAGCUUACUCCCACUGGCUCGCUCGAUUCUACAGUGAGGUUCAGCACCAGAACCCUCAGCAGUUUGUGUCUAUCAUCUCCACUGCAAUGGAGGCUCUACCCACACUCAUCAGCUCAAAGGUACAAGAAAAGCUGCUAUUAUCGGCAUGUCAUCUGCUGGUCUCUGUGGCUACAACGGUGCGGCCCGUAUUCCUCCUCAACAUUCCUGCCGUCCAGAAGGUGUUCAACCGUGUGACAGACAGUUCUGCACAGAGACUACCAGAAGAGGCUCAGGUGCUGCUAUGUCGCGCUCUGUCUAAUAUUCUCCUUCUCCCAUGGCCAAAUGUCUCCGAGGCAGAGCAGCAGUGGGCAGAGCGCUCAAGUCAUCAUGCCAGUCUCCUGAACGGCUUGACCAGAGACUAUCGCCAACUGAAGGGUUCUGCUCCUCCUCAGCGGAAGGGACAACUUGAGGCCACUAAGCGUGUUAUCUGUCAGACAUUAGGUGUGUUGAAGGACAUUGUGGAGAACAUCUCUGGCGAGGGCACCAAAUCUCGGCAGAUCUGUUACCAGUCCAUGCAGGAGUCGGCCCAGCUCUCCCUUGCCCUCUUCCCUACGUACAUUCACCAGUCGGAUGUGACCGAGGAGAUGCUCAGCUUUUUCUUGGCCUUAUUCCAAGGACUCAGGGUGCAAAUGGGGGUGCCAUUUACGGAGCAGAUUAUACAGACCUUCCUCAACAUGUUUACCAGGGAGCAGCUGGCAGAGAGUUUACUACAGGAAGGCAGUGCCGGUUGCCAUGUGGUUGAAAGGUUUCUCAAGAUCCUGCAGGUCGUAGUCCAGGAACCUGGUCCGGCCUUUAAACCUUUCCUGCCAAGUAUUUUGUCCCUGUGCAUGGAGCAGCUCUACCCUAUUAUUGCAGAGCGGCCAUCCCCUGAUGUGAAAGCGGAGCUAUUUGAGCUGCUGUUCCAGCUCCUGCAUCACAAUUGGAGGUAUUUCUACCGAUCCUCUGUUCUAGCCAGUGUGCACCGAGACGGUGGCGGCGAUGAGCCCAUGGAGAACCAGGCGCAGUUCAUCGGUGUCAUGCAGGCAUUUGGUCAGUCAUUUCUGCAGCCGGAUAUCCAUGUUUUUAAGCAAAAUCUUGGUCAUCUGGAGACCCUGAACAGCAAACACAAACUGUAUCAUAAGAAGCUGUUCCGGGCCAUGAUGCUGCCGCAGUUCGUCAGUGUUUUACUUCAGGUUCUUAUCCACAAGUCCCAUGAUCUUCUCCAGGAGGAAAUAGGCAUUGCCGUCUACAACAUGGCGUCUGUGGACUUCAGCACUUUCUUCUCUGCCUUCUUACCUGAAUUCUUAGCCGGCUGCCAGGGCAUUGAAAGCGGUCAGAAGAAUGUCCUUGCCCGCAACUUUAAAAUGGAACGGGACCUGCCCUCGUUUACUCAGUGUGUGCAUCGCUUGGUCAACGACCUCCGGUAUUACAGACUCUGCAACGACAGCCUCCCCCCAGGAACUGUGAAACUGUGACAGAACCAGCCAUAGUCUUGCAUCCAUAGUCUUAACUCACCCGCUACAGAUGUGAAUUUUGCUCCUUCACUCGCCCUGUAUAUUUUUUUU